GCCAUUUCAAACUUAUGUGUGGAUCAUAAUCCAUUUUUAUCCAUCAUCUUCAAACACAGUAGGUCAAACACAAUAGGCCUAUGUGAGGCAGCUGGCUCAAGCAGCAAAUGUUGGGAAAAUGGUUGCGAAGUGCUGGAGUUCAGGACAGUUAUAUGUAUCUGCCAUGCACCCCCUAAACUGAACUGCUGUCUUCUGGUAUUAUGGAAAGUAUUUUCCCUUUGCCAACAUUUCACUAAAAUAUCCAGUUGCUAAAGUGUUAUUCUUCAGAUGGGAAAGAGAUGUUGUUGGAACAACUCUGCUUUGAGGCUGCUCUAAAAGUUGCAUCUGUGCCCAGCAAAUCAGUAACAACAUCUGGGACCUUCAAACCACAGAUCUGGAUGAUAUACCAGACCAUGGUUAAGGUAUGUUAACCAAAAUCAAGCUAUGGUUUGAUCUUGUAGCAAAGUGCUCUGUCUACAAUGCAGCUCAGUGCAAUGAUGAGUGAGCAACCUGCAGCUAUAUCCCAGCAUCCCAUUUACGGCUCCAAAACACCUCAUAUCUGGCUCAGGGAGGAAAUACAUGACUGGGUAUUACCAGCAUACCAACUAUAUUACACCUUGAUCUGACAAAGAACCUUGCUCAAUGGUUUCAUGCAGAUGAUGAAAAAGGGCCCCUGUGGCACCCUAUGAGGCCUUAUGGCACCUCAUACAAGAAUGGCCAGGGGCUUGGCCACUUAUCCCUCAUUAUUUCCAGCUGGAAAUGCCCAUUCAGGUAGGAGUGGAACCACUACAAAAGAGUGUCCCUCACUCUCAACUCUUGCAGGUGGCUCAGGCCAUGGCGGAUUAUUAAUGUAGCUAUAGCUGGAAUAUGCUUCUGAGUGGACAUACAGCUAUGGGUGAGCAGUAAAAUAAACUAUGAAGUCAUGUUUAAGGAAUAAUUGUAGAUUUUUUUAAAAAAUAAAAACAUUGCUAUUAAAAUUUGUCCUGCCAUUGCCAAUAUUGACCUUUAUUCCUGGUCAAAUAAGGUGGAAGAUGCCUUCCAGAUGAUCAAGUCCAAGCCUCUGAUACUAUCCAAUCCCUGAUCUGGAUGGGUUUUAUAGGAGCAGAAGCAUCAGAUUGCAUACUGCUGAAUGCCAGAGUUCCAGCCAGCUGCACAAAAUGAUUGGCCAUCUCUCAUAUUUCAGACCUGGGAAGAAAUGCCUGAGAUAAAAGUGGUUUGUGGUGCAGCAGAAAAUGGCUUGGAAUUCUACUGACCCUCAGAAAAACUAUCUCCUCACUUUCCUGAUCCAAAUCCAAGGUUAUAUGUAGAAGCCUUAUGAUCUGCAAUUAACUUUUGUUUAAAGAGGAAAAACAGCAAAAUAAUCCUCAUGCCAAGGUUUGCUGUUGUACUGGCAUAUUUGGAAUCCAUUGAUCCGACAGUCCAUUGGUUUACCACAACUUUUUUCCAGGAUGCUUUUUGAGUUCCCAACCCAGCCUACAGAACUACGAUUUCCUGGUGGCCCCUCAUCCAUGAACUAACCAGGUCUCAGCCUGUUUAGCUUCUGAGGCUUGCAAGGCCAACUAGAAGCUGUCGAAUAUUCGACUGUUACCUCCCUGACCUCAAUUGCUACAAUUCAUUAAGUAUAAGCCUGCAGCGAUUUCCCCGUUUCUGAGCGGCAGGUUGUCACGUGCAGGGACGAGGCACCUAGAGAUAAAGCCAUGCAGAAACGCCACUCAGUCGAAUGGCUGCGAAACAGCUCUCAGUCACGAUUUCCCAGAGGGCUCAGGACCGCGUCGCUUCAUCACGUCCUCCCGGCUGCGCGACCUCUCCUCCGGCCUUGCCGAGGGCGCUCUAACUUUGGCUGUCUCACUUCCCGCUGGAUGCUGACGUCACACAGCCUCCUGGGCGGGGUGUUCCUUCGGCGGUGGCGCGAAGGCAGCGCCGGGGUUGCGGGCCGGGCGCGAGAUCGAGCCCCCAGCGCUCGAGCGCCCUUUUUCAGUCAAACGCGCCAACCCCCGCCGCGCUGUUGGUGGGCGAGGCGAGGCGAGGCUUGUCAAUCAAGGCGGUGGGUUCUCUCUGCCGCGAUUCCACUGCGCGGGGCUGCUUGCCGAAGUCCUCGCGGCGGCCGACGCUGUUCUCCUGCGGCUCCCGGGUCCUCCGCCUGUCUCCCCCAAAUCCGAGAGCAGUGCCCCUUCCCCGCCCCCAAGAAAGGAUAUUUUGAAUACAAUUUAAUGCUAACGGAACGAAGAACAUUUUUCAAACAUGUCUAAAAUUAAUAAAAUGAGCAUUCUUGGUGUGAGGAGCUUUGGUGUGGAAGAUAAAGAUAAGCAAGUUAUCACUUUCUUUAGUCCUCUAACUAUUUUGGUGGGUCCAAAUGGUGCUGGAAAAACGACCAUCAUAGAAUGCCUCAAGUAUAUAUGUACUGGAGACUUCCCACCUGGCAGCAAAGGAAAUUCAUUUGUCCAUGAUCCAAAAGUUGCCAACGAAACAGAUGUCAGAGCUCAAAUAAGACUUCAGUUUCAUGAUGUUAAUGGAGAGCUUCUCGCUGUCCAGCGGUCCAUGGUAUGCACUCAGAAAGGAAAAAAGACAGAAUUUAAAACUCUUGAAGGAAUCAUUACAAGAAUAAAACAUGGGGAAAAAGUCAGUUUGAGCUCCAAGUGUGCAGAAAUUGACCGAGAGAUGAUUGCUGCCCUUGGAGUUUCCAAGUCUGUAAUUAAUAAUGUCAUUUUCUGCCAUCAAGAAGAAUCCAACUGGCCUCUAAGUGAAGGAAAGGCUCUGAAACAGAAAUUUGAUGAGAUCUUUUCAGCAACAAGGUAUAUUAAAGCUUUGGAAACACUUCGUCAGGUGCGUCUGAAGCAAAGUCAGCGGGUUAAAGAAUGUCUGGUGGAGUUGAAGUACUUGAAGCAGAAUAAAGAAAAAGCACAGGAAAUCCAGAAUCAGCUAUCUAACAGGGAAACUCAGUUAGCUGCCUCCAAAGAAAAUGUCAGAUAUAUUGAAAACCAACUAGAGCCUCUAAAGAACUCUUUGAUGGAAAUAGAACAGAAUCUUGUAAAAGUAAUGAGACUUGAUAAUGAAAGCAAAGCUCUGGAAAGUCGAAGAAAGCAGAUGGAAAAGGAUCAUCAAGACCUACAACAAAAAAUGGAGAAGGUUUUUCAAGGAAGCGAUGAGCAGCUUAGAGAAAUGUAUCAAAACCAUCAGAAAAACGUGAGAGAAAAGGAGACACGGUUAACAGAGUGUCAGCGAGAACUGGAGAGAAUAAACAAAGAAUUCCAAAGAUUUAAUAGAGAAAAAUCAGAAUUAUUGGUUGAACAAGGUCGUCUUCAGUUACAAGCAGAUCGUUACCAACAGCAUAUUAGAACCCGAGAUUCAUUAAUUCAGUCUUUGGCAGCUCAGUUGGAAUUGGAAGGAUUUGAAAGAGCACCCUUAAAUGAAAGACAAAUUAAUAGUUUUCAGAGGCUGGUGAAAGAGAGACAGGACAAAGAUAUGGAAACUGCUAAUAAUUUAAUGAGAGAAUUUGGCGAGAAGGAAACAAUGAAGCAGAAACAACUUGAUGAAAUAAGAGAUAAAAAAACUGGACUUGAAAGAACCAUUGCCCUAAAGUCAGACAUUCAAAAUAAGAAGCAGCUUGAACUGAAGAAUCUAAAACAGGAAUUACGUCAGCUUGAAGGAUCAUCAAAUCGACUCCUAGAACUGGAUCAAGAACUUACAAAAGCAAAACAUGAAUUAGUUGAAGCUGAGAAAAACUGCAACGUUGAAACCCUAGAAAUGGAAAUUAAAAAACUGCAAGGAGAAAAGGCAAAUUUGGACAGUACUCUUCGGAAACUGGAUAAAGAGAUGGAACAACUGAACCUGAAUACUACAGUUAUAACCCAAAUGGAUAUGCUGAAAAAAGAUAAAGCUGACAAAGAAGACCAAAUCAGAAAAAUUAAAUUUAGACACAAUGAAGAAUUAAUCUCCUUGUUGGGAUUUUUUCCAACCAAAAAUCAGCUUGAAGAUUGGAUUCACUCUAGAGUUCAAAUAAUUAAUCAAACAAGAGACAAACUUGCCAAGCUCAACAAAGAACUCGUUUCAGCAGAGCAAAGCAAAAGUCAUAUUACCACUGAACUAAGGAAAAAGGAAGAGCAAUUGUCCACAUAUGAAGAAAAGCUUUUCGAUGUCUGUGGAAGUCAAGAUUUUGAAAGUGAUCUUAAUAAACUGCAGCAUGAAAUUGAAAAAACAUCCAAGCAACGAG